CGGUCAGGAUAUAGGAGACACGAUUUCCUGAGUCAUUGCUCCUGUUUCAAAGCUAAACAACGAGUGCUGUUACUUCACUAUCUUAAUUCAAAAUUUUGCACAAUACUUUAGGUCAUUUUGUAAAUGGAGGGGUCGGUGUCAAAUGUGGAGGUUUGUAAUUAUGCGUACACAGGACAGUUCGACAAAUUAAAACAGUGUAUUCUCUCUGACAAAACACUCGCCUGCAAAACCGAUCAGGACCGCCGAACAGCUCUUCAUUGGGCUUGUUCUGCUGGACACACCAACAUUGUGGAGUUCCUCCUCGAUCUUGGAGUCGAAGUGAAUCUGCAAGAUGAUGCCUCAUGGACCCCUUUGCACAUUGCUGCAUCUGCAGGCAGAGAGGACAUAGUGAAAGCUCUGAUCUCCAAAGGAGCUCAGCUGAACUCGGUUAAUCAGAACGGAUGCACGCCUCUGCAUUAUGCUGCUUCUAAAGACAGAUACGAGAUUGCCUUAAUGUUGUUGGAAAACGGAGCAGACCCCAAUGCCACAGACAAGUUGGAGUGGACCCCUCUGCACAGAGCAUCUGCCAAAGGCAACUACCGCCUGAUCCAGCUGCUGCUCAAACAGAGUGCCUCCACCAACAUCCAGGACUGCCAGGGCAACACCCCUCUUCACCUUGCAUGCGAGGAGGAACGCGUAGAAGCCGCUAAGUUGCUGGUGGAACACGGGGCCAGCAUUUACAUUGAGAAUAAGGAGGAGAAGACACCCCUUCAGAUCGCCAAGGGUGGACUAGGAAACAUCCUUCGUCGGCUGGUGGAGGGGUGAUAUUUCGGCUGGCUUCUUGGCUGUGGUUUUAACCGCCUCCAUCUCCAGCUCACAAGAGUGAGACUUGUCCUGCAGCUCACUGGUUUGUAGUGAAACUUUGUCAGGUAGAAUUCACAACAGUGUCCUGGAGAAAAUGUUGGAUUGUUCUGCUCCACCUACCGGUGGGAUUUUCAGGCUUGGGAUAAGCUCAAAAAAGUUUCCAACUUUGUGUAGUGUUUAUAAAAAAAAUUAUGUAUUUUUGGUUUUGUUUUUUAAAUAUUUUUUGCGUAAAAGCAACGCCAUAAAAGUUUUGAUUAAAAUGUCUUUAGAAUAAGUGUGUGUGGGUGUAUAAAAGCACAAAUAAUCGUGAACGAAUCUGCUUUCCAACAUUUAAAGAGUUUUUUUUUCUAUUCAUCAUGUUUUAUAUAUAAUUUUUAUGUAUUUUAAACAGAAUUUCUGUAGGACGUCAUUAAUUGAUCAUAGUUUUGGAGAUGUUAGAUUACCAGACUCUACGAUGCCCUUUUAUGGAUAAAGAGUUUUCAUGUACAGUCCAGGUCAGAACAUACCAGACACUGACAGGAUUCAAUCACAUUCCGAUAAGGAGAGAUCUUAGGAAUAUAAGUAAUGAUUUAUUUGUGAUACAGAGAGAUGUGUAGAAAUGGGCAAAUACAUAAAUCUUGGGUGAGUUGGCUGAUGACGUCUUAUGGACCAGGUCAUUCCAAUGCAUCAUUCGUGGUGGACGGAGGAGGGCCAGCAAAGCCUUCUGGAAUGUGGAGAAGGAAACAUCCAUGACUGUAAAGGUGAUUGGCUAAGAAGAAUGGCAGGCAAUUUAGUUAUGGGUCAGAAUGACUGCAUAUUGUAAUAACAGCAGCACACAGUUCCUAGAAGUGGGGUAGAUCUUCCUAAUUGGAAUUACGCCAAAGCUUAAUCGGUGUUCUCUCCACAUGAAGCACAGAAAUAUGUAACAGGAUGAUAAUUAAAUAAUUCUUAGUACUCCAAACAUCAAUGCCAAAGACGUGGAUGUACGGGGGAGCUGAAAUGCUGGUCAACAAAGAGGACAUGUCAAGCCUCCUUUUAGAAAACCAGACCCAUCUAAAACAGAAAGCUUCUUGUGAAACAGAGAGCUGUUCUUCUGAUAAAGAAAGAGUUCACUGUGUUUUACUCCUAAGGCCUAAAACGCCCGAAUAAAUGGAUCUCAAAUAUCUUUA